GGAGAAGUAGGUGGAGGAUAGACGUUAUCAAGUAUCAACAACGCAAGUACGCAACACCGGAGCAGAACAGAAACUGCCGCCGAAGUGGCAAAGCAGCGGCACUGACUGACUGCUUUUCCUGCAAAUCUGAAUUCUUCUGCGGGAGGGCGCACGAGAAGAGAAGUAAUGAUAGGUUCUAGGUUCGCUUCUUUCCAGCUCCAAGCCCCAACCUUCUUCCUCCCCUCCCUCCCGUUCCCUUCUUCUCCUCGCCGGAGGUUUCGUCAGGAGUGCCGGUCUCGUCGCCGGGCGUUUCAAACUUCGCGGACUGGAGCGACCAGUUGCAAUUGCAGUGCCGGAGUGAGUAAACCACUGGGUGAAGAACAACAUCAGCGGAACAAGCAAGCGCCCAACCGAGCUUACCCUUUCCAUGAAAUUGAGCCCAAAUGGCAGCUCUACUGGGAAGAGAAUUCCACUUUUCGCACCCCUGAUGAAGUCGAUACCUCCAAACCCAAGUUUUAUGUGCUGGACAUGUUUCCUUAUCCCAGUGGAGCUGGUUUACACGUUGGCCAUCCACUCGGUUAUACUGCUACCGACAUUCUUGCUAGGUUCAAGAGAAUGCAGGGUUAUAAUGUUUUGCACCCAAUGGGAUGGGAUGCAUUUGGUUUGCCUGCUGAGCAGUAUGCCAUUGAUACAGGGACACAUCCCAAAGUCACGACGUUAAAGAACAUCAACCGAUUUCGUUCGCAGCUCAAAUCUUUGGGGUUCUCCUAUGACUGGGACCGGGAAAUUUCUACCACGGAACCUGAUUAUUAUAAAUGGACACAGUGGAUUUUUCUUCAGCUUCUGAAAAGAGGACUGGCAUACCAGGCAGAAGUUCCAGUCAAUUGGUGCCCUGCUCUUGGAACAGUUUUGGCAAAUGAGGAGGUGGUGGAUGGAGUUAGUGAACGUGGUGGUCAUCCGGUUAUAAGAAAGCCAAUGAGGCAAUGGAUGCUCAAAAUUACUGCCUAUGCCGAUCGCCUCCUUCGAGACCUAGACGAACUUGACUGGCCUGAAAGCAUAAAAGAGAUGCAAAGAAACUGGAUUGGGAGAUCUGAAGGGGCUGAGCUGGAAUUUUGUGUUCUUGAUGAAGAUGCCAAUGAAAGAGAUGUAAAAAUCACUGUCUAUACCACAAGGCCUGAUACCAUUUUUGGAGUGACAUAUUUGGUUGUGGCACCAGAACAUUCCCUGCUUUCAACAAUAGUUUCUGUUGGCCAAAGCAAAAUGGUGGAGGAAUAUAAAGACCUUGCUUCUCGGAAAAGUGACCUGGAGAGGACCGAGCUCCAGAAGGAAAAAACAGGGGUUUUCAGUGGCUGCUACGCCAGAAAUCCUGCUAAUGGGGAAGCAAUUCCAAUUUGGGUUGCCGAUUAUGUUUUGGGGAGUUAUGGAACAGGAGCAAUCAUGGCUGUGCCUGCACAUGACACCCGUGACAAUGAAUUUGCUGCCAAAUACAACAUACCAGUGCGCAUGGUUGUAAAGCCAGAUGGUGAUUGUGUAGAUUCAAGCAAGGCUUUUGCAGGCGAAGGCACUGUUGUGAAUUCAGUAAAUUCAUCAUCUGGUCUUGACAUCAAUGGCUUACCUAGCAAAGCAGCAGCUGCCAAAGUCAUUGACUGGGCUGAGAAAUAUGGAAAUGGGACAAGAAAGGUGAACUACAAGUUGAGGGAUUGGCUUUUUGCAAGGCAGCGUUACUGGGGGGAACCUAUUCCAGUUGUUUUCUUGGACGAUACGGGUGAAAUCAUUUCCCUUUCAGAAACUGACCUUCCUCUUACACUACCAGAAUUGGAUGAUUUUACUCCCACGGGGACAGGAGAGCCACCCCUAACAAAAGCUGUUUCUUGGGGAAACAGCAAUGAAGAAGGAAGGUUAACACGGUUGAUCCUUUAUCUGGAAAAGCUGCCAGAAGAGAAACAAGCACCAUGCCUCAGUGGGCAGGUUCUUGCUGAGGCCAUGUACAGGUACUAUUUGAGAUACAUGGACCCAAUGAACUCCAAAGAAUUAGUUGACAAGAGGAAAGAAAUCUAUUGGAGCCCUGUUGAUGUCUAUGUUGGGGGUGCUGAACAUGCUGUUCUCCACUUACUUUAUUCAAGAUUCUGGCACAAGGUCCUGUACGACAUUGGUAUUGUAUCAACCAAAGAGCCGUUCAAGUGCGUGAUAAACCAGGGAAUCAUCCUUGGGGAAGUUCAAUACACAGCUUUCAAGGACCAAGAUGGUAACUAUGUAUCUGCGGACUCGGUUAAUGCAUCUGAUGAACUUUAUCAGGAAGUAAUACCUGAGGAAAAGGUGAAGAAAUCUGGAGAUUGGUAUGUGCUGGACGAGAAUCCUGGAAUCCAAGUGAUGGCACGAGCACACAAGAUGAGCAAAAGCAGGGGAAACGUUGUGAACCCUGAUGAUGUUGUUGGGGAGUACGGAGCUGAUGCUUUGAGAUUGUACGAGAUGUUCAUGGGGCCUUUCAGGGACACAAAAACAUGGAACACCAGUGGCAUCGAAGGUGUCUAUCGUUUCUUGGGAAGAACUUGGAGGUUGAUUGUUGGCUCGCCUCUAGCUGAUGGCAGUUUCCAAGAUGGGAGCUUGGCGGUUGAUGUCGAACCUAGCUUUGAACAGCUCCGUUCUCUUCAUAGAUGCAUAGCCAAGGUAACUGAGGAAAUUGAAGCCACGCGAUUCAAUACUGGGAUUUCUGCAAUGAUGGAGUUCGUAAAUGCGGCCAAUAAGUGGGACAACCUCCCAAGAAGCAUAGCAGAAGCAUUUGUGCUGGUGUUGGCACCAUAUGCGCCCCACGUGGCCGAGGAACUUUGGUUUCGUCUGGGUCAUUCCAACACAUUGGCGCACGCACCAUUCCCGGAGGCGAGGUCAGAGUACCUGAAGGAGGCAAAGAAAGUGCUCCCUGUUCAGGUGAACGGGAAGACGAGGGGAACAGUGGAGGUAGACGAAGGUUGCUCGGAGGAGGAAGCGUUCCGGAUUGCAUCCCAGGACAGCAAGCUGUCUAGGUUCCUAGAGGGGAAGUCGAUCAUCAAGACGAUAUACGUUCAAGGAAAGAUAUUGAACGUGAUCUUGGGCGGGAAGGGGGCCAAGCCUAAACCGAGACCCAAUCCUGAUGCUUCACGGAUUAUUGUUCAAUGAUAAAACCGGGAGUAGCCCAGUUUGUAAGUACAAUUGUGUUCUUCUUCCUAUCAGAAAUGCCUAAUUUGUCCCAAUCAUCUCUCAAAUUGCUGAAGUUAGUGGGUGAAGUGGCUGUGAAGGUGGUGAGUGACGGUGGUCGCAGCCGGUCGCCACCCUCUCUGUCGAGCUCUGCGCUCCCAGAGGGCACUGAUUUGCCUCUGGGAGGCAAGUGCUUCUUCGGCUGUCUCCCUGGCAACCUCGCAGGUGUCCAUCCCCGCGCUGCACUUGUCAGCUUCCUUCUGAUACUGUGACGUCAUCUUCUUGGCCUCCAGCAAAGCCACGUCGGCCCGCUGCUGGUUCCUCACAGCCUCCGCCUCUUUCAGCUUCACUUCCUCCGCCAGGAGCUCCGUGAAAUUGGACUGCGCCUCCUCGCCCACCUCCGGAUCCUGCUUCUUCGUGCAUUCUGUCGGGCACCAUUCAAAGUCCCAGAAACUGAUUCAUGACAAGCAAUCAAACUGCCGAAUUUGAGUGAUUCUAGAGCGAGAAGGUGUACCUGAGAAAGAAGUGUUGGCGCUCAGAUCUGCAAACAUGGAAGAUGGGAAGAAUUAUGCAACAGGGAACGAGGAAACGCGGCAUAAUACAACAAAAUUAUUAGAGGAGAUGAGAUGAUUUGGCUGAUCACCAUCAAAAAGAGAGAACAGUGGCUGAGUGGAGCAGUCGCAGAAGCAAGGUGGACAGUAUGAGGAGGAAGAAGAAGAAGAAGAAGAAGAGGUGGCGGUAAUGAAAUCGGAGAGGUGCCAGAAGAGCGGUGGGAUUACAAUGUAAGCGACAAGGCAGAAUCCCAGGAAAACCAUCGCUGUCUUCACUGUCUUUUGUUGUUCCCUGUUCUUCAUCUUUUCCUUAUAUUUUUCUGUUUCUUUUCUCCCUGGUUCAGAUUGCCAGUUUUUUCUUAUAUCGUAACAUAGUUGUUUGCCUCUUCCUUCGGCUUACAGUUAUGAUUCCGCAUGUCCUUCGGAGUGAGCAUCGGCAACUUUCCAAUACAAAUAACUCCGAGUUUUAAUCCAAGCUUUGACCACGAGAAUUUUCAACAAAAAAGGAGAAAGGAAGUAUUACAUUUUCC